CUUACAUGCCGCUCACAGCAUUGGAGUUAUUUAGAGAAUAUUCGUAUAAUGUCAUUUUUAUAAUACAGAAAGGUGCACACCAGCACAUCUCUAAACGUUUUCAAACAGCUUCUUGUACAUAGAUAGUUACGGCAAUAUCAGGAUGUUUGCAAAAGCGUUUCGUGUGAAAUCUAACACGGUUAUCAAGGGAUCUGACAGGAGGAAGCUCAGAGCAGAUAUCUCCACUGCUUUUCCUUCGCUGUCAGCAGAGGAUCUCAAUGAGCUUGUCCCAAAUAAAGAAGAGCUGAAUACUGUGAAGAUAUAUGCACAUAAGGGAGCUGCAACAACUCUAUACGUCCUUCAUAAAAAUCCAAUUUUCUUUCAGCUGGAGAAGCAGCUUUAUCCCACAGUGUACACACUAUGGCGAUAUCCUGCCAUGCUCCCAGCGUUCACCACAUGGCCACCUGUCCUGCAGAAGUUAGCUGGUGGAGCAGAUCUUAUGUUGCCGGGUGUUGUGGUACUUAAUAGUGGCCUUCCUGAGGUACAUCAAGGAGACUGCUGUGCUGUCAAUCUUGUCAUGAACAGGGCACCAGUCGCUGUUGGUACAGCAGCCACGUCGAGUGCUGAGAUGAGGAACAGUGGAAUGAAAGGGAAAGGAGUGAAUGUUUUGCAUACAUACAUGGACCAGCUGUGGGCAAUUGGGGAUAAGACAAGUCCCCCAGUUAUACCAUUCACAAACUCUUCAACACAGGUUGAGACUGAGGAAUGUGAAGAGGGGAUGAAAGCAGAGGGGCAGGUGAGUGAUGGACAGGACAGCCCUGAACCAAAUGCAGUGGAAACAUCUUGUCAGGGCAUGCAGGAGCUGAGACUGGCAGAUAAGGACUUGGAGGCGCUGAAGGACAAAGAACCGGUUGAGGAUGGAGAGGGAGAAGACAAAGACGAUAACGACUCUAGAUCUCCGCAAGAGCAGACGGAUGCAUUAUUGCUCCAGUGCUUUCUUCAUGCACUUAAGGCUAAAGUAAAAAAGUCAGAGCUCCCCCUGCUCACCAGCACCUUUCUGCGCAACCAUAUGGCAUCCUGCUGUCCUAAAGGAAAACAAAUUGACAUCAGGAAAUCCAGUUAUAAAAAGCUCUCUAAGUUUCUGCAGUGCAUGCAGCGAGAUCACAGUCUGAUUCAGGUGAAGGAGUUGAAAAAAGGUGUGGAGAGCAUUGUAGAAGUUGACUGGAGGAACCCUGAGUUGUACUCCUUCAGCAUCCCAGAAGAUUGUGGGCAAGAGAAAGAGUCUAUGGAGGAGGGCGGAGCUUGUGAGGUCCCGUUCCAGCCCCCUGAAAUCACACCCCUGUAUGGGGUCACGGCACAUCUGGAGCCUCUCUUUCAGGAUGCCAAGAAAAGAAAGGGAGCGACUCUGAAGGCAUCUGAAGUGAGAAAUAUUAUCACAGAUUAUGUGAAGGAAAAUGAACUUGUUCAUGAAACCAACAAAAAUUAUGUUAAUAUAAACCCUACACUUUGUGACUGCUUGCUGGAGAAAUCCGAGUACCAGGAAGUAGAGAAUCUGAAAUGGGAUGAUCUCAUUAGCAGAACACUAAGUAGAAUGCAGGCAUGCCAUGAGGUGCUGUUUCCAGGUCAGCGCCCUGUGGUUAAGAAAGGUCAGAUGGAACCCAUAGACAUUACCGUUGCCACCAGGGGCUCUAAUAAGAAGGUCACAAUUGUUAAAAAUCUGGAGGCGUUCGGUUUGGACCCAGCUGUAGUAGCAGACACCCUGCAGCGUCGGGUCCAGGCCAGCUGUUUCCUCCAGGAUUCCCCAGGCGUGAAAAACAGAGUCCUGUUACAGAUCCAGGGAAAUCAGAUACAACAUGUUGGCAAACUGCUGCUGGAUCAAUAUCACAUCCCACGGAAAUAUGUACAAGGUCUUGACAAAGCUCCCAAACCAGUUAUUGUCAGCAUUGACAAUCAAGCUAGACCUGAGACAUCUAUCAAUCAAAAGAUGAUGUGCUGCUUGAUGUUAAGAAUGUCCUCAUCUGUCCUCAUCUGUCAACUCUUUCCGCCACCUGUAACGAUAACCUGGACUAAGAACAAUGUGAAUGUGACAGAGAACAUAAAUCAAAGUCAGUAUCGGCUGAAAAGUGACGGUACCUUCAACGUCUACUCCACUCUGAGGUUCACACCUGAGGAGGGAGACAUUUACAGCUGCACGGUGUAUCAUAAAGCUCUUAAAGAGAAAUAUGAAACCAGAACCUGGGAAGUUGAUUUUGCUUUGUCCAGUGUUGGUCCAGUGAUGUUCUGUGGAGUGGGCUUGACUCUGGGGCUGCUGGGAGUCACUGCUGGUAUUUUCUUCUUCAUUAAAGAACAUCAUCAUACAUCUCAUCUCUUUUUGCAAAUGUCAUUUGUUUUUGAUAUUCUCAUGUAUUUUGUGAGAUUGAAUUGAAUGUUUUAAAGUCUAUGUCUGCUGUUGGUUACUCAUGUAUACAAACAAAAACAUUAUGUUUGGCACUUUCUGUAAAUAUGGGGUACAAAAUAGGGAUACAUUUCUAUGUCAGUAAAUGGAGGUAUGUAGAACCGAAAAUGUUCACA